CAGCUCUGUCGAUCUAAACCGGUGCUCAGUUAUCGACCUUGCAACACCAGCAGAGGAAAAUGUUAGCCAAGAGUUAAGAUUUUCAGAUCAACGAAGCCAUGUAUCGAUGACUGCCAGCGAGUUCUCGGUACCAGCUCUGACGAAUCAACAGCAACUGCAGUCAACAUGUGCGUUCACAGGUGCUGACGGGACACCUAACUUCAGUCAAGUUGUGAACCAAACACAGCAAACCCAAGGUCACAUAGCCUCGGACUUCGGACAGGCACAAGCAGUGGCCAGCAAAACUGACAUCAAUGGCUAUCUACAUGGCCAGCAAAAUGAAGCCCCAUCUCAGACAAACUACAACCAAUUCUGCUCUUUGCCUUCAAACGACUUCCUCGGAAACACUUCAAAACUCGGCAUGCAGUUCCAGGCUCAGCAGUAUUUCAACCAACAGUUCCCGAACUACCCUCACACGCAACAGAUGUAUAUGAACAUGAGUCAUCCCUUUUACAACAAUAACCAACAGUCAAAUGGGUGCCAGUACAUCAACAACAACGAGAAGGUACGGGAAGACGAAGCAGAUGGCGGAAAGAGUAAAAGGAUCCGAACAUUGUACACGAAGUUCCAGACGAGAGUUCUCGAGUACUAUUUCGCACAGAAUCAGUACAUUGGCCUUCCCCAAAGAGCAGCCAUUGCUGCACAGUUGCAACUGUCUCAAACUCAGAUCAAAAUCUGGUUCCAAAACAAGCGAGCCAAGAUCCGACGAAAUGAGCGUGGAUUCGUUCUUCAACCGAACCCGCAAUCAGGACAAAUAACCGAAUCAGCUCAAUCUGAAUCACCCCAACAAGAAAACGAUGUCAAUUCGGAUGCACACGAGAUGAACAAAGAAAACGUGAACAUACUUGACGCACUUUCAAGGGAACGAGAUCUCGCCGAUGUCUAUGAACAAAACGAAAACGAGAGACAACAGCAGGAAAGUAACGUGAACGACCACUCACUGAGUUGUCAAACCGGAUUUGAAAACCGAAAUUGCGGAAGUGAACCAAGAACUGCUGUGCUUGCACAGUGUGACAACCUGCAGAUGAUCAACCCCCAACAGCAAAGCAUGCUGAUUUGCGAAUCUGAGUGAAAUAAAAUGGAUAUGCUUCUGCCGUAAACAAACUCAUAUCAAACUAUUUACAUUUACAUUCCAAAGUAAAAACUUUCCAUUGCUUUGCCAUAAAGUGCUUAACAAACAAAUAACUCCGCUUAUAGAUCUAUGUCUUAGAAACCUAUGGGAUCCUGUCUUUCAUAUAAUUGACACCUUUUAAGGGGACAAUUCUCAUGACAUUUUUCGAGCCAGAAGAUUUCGAAAUUAUACAAAACAAUUUUAAAAACUUUAACUGAUUGUCAACUUUUCAUACAGAAAAUUGAUUACUCAAUA